UUGACGUUGACUGACAGCUAUUUUAAAAAAGUAGCCUGGCUUUCGUUUCUCUAAUUUUUGCAUUUUUGUUGAGUCCUGUCUGUAAAAUUAUUGUUUUUAAUACAGUGAUUCAUAUUUGAAUUUGCCAAACCGUUGGUGUAUUUUAAAUUAUUCAAAGGUUUUCUAUAUCAAUACAGUUUAAUAUUAUAUGUGUUGUCUUCCAUAUUUUUAUUCCCCAUCUUUUUGCGCGGGAAUCGGGUGGUCUGCAGGUGUAAUGAAAUAACAUUUUUAUUAUUAAAGAUUAAGAAAAUGACGGACGCGCUGUGCCAUUUAGUUGUAGAUGGUAACGAAGUUUUGGAAUUUAAGCUGGUAAGGUCUGUAGAAGAUCUUGAGAAUGACGACACAAGUUUCGGCCCUGAGAUGUGUCACCAGGUAUUUGGGGAGAAUGAAAACAUAUUUGGCUACACAGACUUGCACAUAAGACUUUAUUACAGCGCUGGAAGUCUUCAGACAUAUCUUGGUAUUGAAUACACGGAAAAGAUUGAACCAAAUAAAUCCGAGGGUAUGAAGGCAGAUGAUGUAGAAGGUGCCUUGACAAAAGUGUUGGCUCCAGGGUAUGUUACCAACUUGGACCACUUUGUCUCUAUACUGAAGAAAGAUGAGUCAUUUACACCUCACGGACAGUUGUUACAUGCAUUCUCUGUGGACCCAUUUGAUGGUGGUGAGAAGCGAUCCUUUGAAGUGUACUAUUGUGAAACAUCAACACCAGGUUUCCUGAACUUCCAUGAAAGGCUGCAGACAUUCCUGCUGUGGUAUGUGGAUGCAGCAUCAUUUAUUGACGUGGAUGAUGAUCAAUGGACAUUUUUCACUGUUUUCGAGAAGUUCCAGUCCAGCGAGGGCGGCGUCCGCUACGCGACGGCGGCGUACGCGACGGUGUACCGCUACUACGCCUACCCGCGACACUCGCGCCCGCGCAUCUCGCAGGUGCUCACCCUCCCGCCCUUCCGGAAACUCGGGAUUUGCGCUCAGUUGCUGCAGGCAGUGUACUCCCACUUUAUAAUACAACCAGAGGUAGUAGACAUAACUGUAGAGGACCCAUCACAAGACUUCCAAAGGAUUAGAGAUUAUGUUGAUGCUAAGAACUGCAGUGGUUUACCAGCAUUUCAACCUGCUAAACUUCUGCAAGGGUUCUCAGAAGAAAUGGCGAAUCAAGCCAGUAACAAAUUUAAAAUCAACAAAAAACAAGCUCGGCGCGUGUAUGAAAUUCUCCGUUUGAAGAGCACAAACACCUCAGAUAAGACUGCCUACUUGAAUUACCGGCUUGAUGUCAAAAAUAGAUUAAAUGCACCUUUUCAGAAAAAGAAAUUAGAAAUGAAGAAACUGCAAAAAGUUUUGAAGCCUGAAGAGUAUGCGGCGACAGUUAGUGCCACGGGACUGAGCGAGACACACGGCCGCCUCGCCAACCAGUACCUCGCCCUCGAGCACGAGUACCGCCGGGUCAUACAUAGAAUGGAACAAGAUUAACCAAUAACCAACCAGUCAGAUAUAUAAUUUUUUUAACAACACCAAUAAGGUAUCUUACAUUGAAUUUUACAAAAAAAAACUUUUAAAAAUAAACAGCUGGCAACAAAUGAUUCCGUUGAACUAUGGUCACAUUUUCUUAAUUUUUGUACAAAAUAAAUGAAGAUAAAUUGUUUUUUUGGCAGUAAACAUGUUUGAAGGCUUGUGUUUAUGUUUUUUUUCGUUAUUUAAAUUUAAGUCUUUGGUUCUUUUCAAUUAUUAUUUUAUGUAUUUAUUGUUACUUUGAAUUCUCACUAAAUCAAUUGAAAAUUGUCCCAAUCCUUCUGACAUCAAUUGCCAUGUUACGGAAUAUAAAUAAAUAGUAAAUAAUUUUAAUUUCCUUCUGUUAGACAACUCACAACCCGAUAUGAAGGUGUAUUUUUAUUUUAGUCUAUGGUGAACUGAUCUUUUUUAUAAAAACUUAUCAACUUCUUGUAGGUCUCCUAAGCAGAGAUAUCAGAUUGGUUGAAAUGGGGUUCAAGAAACAUCCUUUUUUCUACAGCAAUCUUGUACAACUGUAUUUUACGUAUCAAUAAUAAAUCUAAUCUGUAAUUGCAAGUUUUGUUACCGAAAACUGUGUUUUUAUUAUAUCACACACACGAAAAAUGCUCAUAAAUAAUAAAGUUGAUCUGUAAAGUUACGAUCUACCUUGUCGAAUUUAAUGUUUCAUUGUAAAUUAACACUGAUCUCAAGUUUCUUAUAGUAAACAUCAGCGAGAUCAUUUUAUUGCUAUUUAGUCAUAAAAUUGAUGUAUGCGUUAGUUUUUUAAGCAAACAUUCACAAAAAUAUGUUGGUUAGUUCGAACACCUGGUUAAAAACCAAUUGAAAAUGAGGUGUUUUGUUCAGUUUGAAACUUUGGGAAACAAUCUAAUGAUUUAUUGUGUGCCUUAAGAACACAGCUCGCCUUAAAUUUAAUUUUGGUGAAUAAUGUAUUAUUACUUUAAGUUUUAAAUACAAGCUAUGUCUAAUUGUAGACUUAAAUAUUGCAAAAUCGUUUUUGUUUGGAAUUGGAAUGUAAUUUUUCAUAAUAAAACACUCGUUUUGAAA